CCGACGACAGCCGCGGAAAUCAGGUAUCAUUAUCACACUAUACACACUUGCUCGACAAGGAUCGUAGUGUUAGCUCGGCGAGAAGCUUUUUCGGUGACAAGGAAGUAAGACUUAUCCAUUAGACGUCGUGUGAUCGUGGACGGAGAGGUACCGAAAUACCGGGCUGAUCGGACUCCAUCGAAACAGACUGGCGAAGACUCUGUAGAACUGCGGCGCGAACUCCGAUCCAGAAAGGACCUGAGCGCCAUCACUCCGACAUCAGACGCUUCAACGACGCGCCCGCAUCGAGAACCUCGACUGAAUGCGGCAUCAAAGAAGCCUGGGAUGCGAGCUUCCGAGCGAAUCUCGAAACCAAAUCUCCCCAAAUAUGCGGACGGAAAGGACCCAAGCGAGCAAUCAGAGACAAACACUGGCGGCGUUGAAGAAGCUGCAGAGCCGGUUCGACGAAGUGGUCGCUCGCGGGUCGCGCCUGCGGCCAUCGAGCCUCGAGUGCGGAGUACGAGCGAUCGCCGCCGAAAGACACGGAUGUCAGACCAACCCUCGAGUCAUGAGACUACCGAUGAAGGCGAUGACAAAGACGGCAAUAUGGACUCGGCUCUUAAUGGAGGGCCCCGAAAGAAGCAAAAGCACGAACUUCCGCCAGCGGUCGAGGUUCUUGAUCCUCGAAGCGGGGAAAGCGACUUUCUGCGUCUGUUCAUUACCUCUCCGAUGGUCGCCCCCGAGAUUUCGGGAGAAGGAGGAUAUGCAUUCGAGAAGAUGUUUCGCUAUGGCGACUCUGCUGCUGCGGGUGUGCUCGUGUUCCCCCCUGGCUCGGAGAAACCUGCUAAAGCUUCGCGGAACAAUGCCAUGACCUUUGGUGUGAUGAGGGGGCAAGUGCGCGUCACGAUCAACGAAGUUACCUCGGACCUCGGGCCAGGAGAUAUCUUUGUAGUACCCGCAGGUCAGCAGUAUCGGAUUGUAGCUCUUUCCAAAGCCGACGCACGAAUCAUCUUUUUCAGCACGGCGGCCCCAGUCGAAAUUCGGAAGUAGCGCCACAAUGCGGGCUGACGCCGAAUGCAACGUCUGUUACGUGCACUUGCGAUGGGUGGUCGGGCGAUUUCAAGUAUCCACAGCUCGCCCAAGCCAGAGAACAUGCGCCUGGACCCUCAACAUCGACGCUGUCAUCGACGCUGUCGCCGGUGAUCGGGGCGAGCUGUUCGGGGCGAUCAGGUCUUGACAAUACACGACGAUGACGAUGGCUGA